AUGGAGGGGGAAGAUGACAGCUCACGCGCAAUUCCUGGGGCUUCGCUUGGAGGCCUCCCGACACCGGCCUCCAGGGCCAGUUUUCGCUUGGGGAGCGUCUUCAAUGGGCAGGAAAUUGGGUGGGACGAUGCAAUCGCGACGAGGAGGCGUGAAGAGGUGCGGGAAUGGGAGUCUCAAGGACCUGGCCCAGUGACGGAGGAGCAAGGAACACGGGGAAAGGAGAAGGACCCGGAUUGGAGGCUGGCUCCGGGGGAGGCGGCCGGCACGAGUGGGGGAUCGGGUGAUGAGGGUUGGGGAGGGAGAGGAGGGGGCCAGGCUGGUGGCAGUGGCGCGCGUGGCAGCGGUGCAGCAGCAAAGAGGCCACGCACGAGUGGGCCUGUGGGGUCGGGAGCUGGAGGGGCCGGGCCGGCGUCGAAUGCGCAGCCGCAGGGGGCAGCCGCGGGUGGUUCUGAUGGGUCGGGCGCAGCAGGGGCAGGUACCUCCGCCGCUGCGGCAGGUGGUGCACCUGUGGGUGGGUCUGCGGGGGCUGGAGCUGCUGCUGUGAUUGGGGGCCAGAGGUGCGACAGGGCGGGCAGGACCCCUACCGACGAGGAGCUGGACCCAUGGACUGAGGAGGUGCUUAGGAAUGCAGAACCCGGGCUGGUUCGUGGCAUGUUCAGUGAGAAGGAUGUGAAAGAAGCUAGGACUUGCAAGAUUUGCAAGAAGAAGAUUAGCUGGAAAGGUAGUUGCACGAGCACGGGGAAGAGACACCUCAAGAGGAGCCACUACCCCAGUCUGCAGAUCUGGUGUCGGCGUUUCAAGGAUCCAAACAAGCCAGACAACCUGACGUUUCCCGAUGGGGGAUGGGGUCCGGAUGUCCCCGACCAGACAGCGUGGCCUUGGGAGCAUGCAGCCACGUGGCCCAGGAUUGUACAGACACCAGACAGCGCAGUGACUGGCGGAGCCGAGGCUGGUGGGAGUAGGCAGAUGAGCAUGGCCGCAUUCGUCACGCCGCGUGUUCAUGGCCAGCAGCUGCGCGAGGGAUUGGUGCAGCUAUUUGCGGCAGCUGACCUUCCGUUUCGACUUGUUGAGUGUCGCGAGUUCAAAGCAUUUGUCCAGAUGCUGAACCCGGGAGCUGCGCUACUGCUCGGCUCACGCCAUCGCUUGGCACGGGACAUGCAGGCAUACGGGGAGGCUGCUAGGGAGGACAUGCGGCAGCUACUGGUGGGUGAUGGCCUGGCGGGAAGGAUGUCCCUCACCUUUGACAUCUGGACCGGUGAGAACAACGUGGCCUUCAUGGGGGUGACUGCCCACUAUGUCACCAGCGAUUUCCAGCUGAAACAGGCUGUUAUAGACUUCAGGGAGCUUAAGGGCUCUCAUACGGGGGACUUGAUAGCCGAUGAGCUGGAGGAGGUGUUGAGGGAGUGGGGCUUGGAGAAGAUGCUGUUCGCCGUGACGUGUGACAACGCCGAGAACAACAGCAGGGCGAUGCGUCUGCUGGCCGGUGUACCUGACGCCAGGCCGGGCUCACGGCCCAGGCACCCACCACUGCUCAGUCGCUGGAGGCACUUCAGGUGCGUGGCGCACGUCGUCAACCUUGCAGUGCAAGCUGCACUGAAGGUUGACGAGGUGGCCGAGCCACUCAAGAGGCUGCGAGACGUGGCGAAUUAUAUCGGCUGGUCCACACUGCGCACAGAUCGUUUCUUCGAGCUCCAGAAGGGAUACGCGGCGACCCGGCCCCAGGGUCCUCCGGGUUCUCGGCGACCAUCGGGUCCGUUGCGUUUGAUCGUGGACUGCCUAACGAGAUGGGGUUCUACACUCCACAUGGUGAACAGGGGCUUCGAGCUGCGCAUGCCCAUUGCCAUGUUUUUCGACGAUUCAGAUGUACUCCCACCAUCCCAUGCAUGUGCCACCAUCCCAUGCAUGUGCCACCAUCCCAUGCUAGUCCCAUCAUCCCAUGCAUGUGCCACCAUCCCAUGCAUGUCCCAUCAUCCCAUGCAUGUCCCAUCAUCCCAUGCAUGUGCCACCAUCCCAUGCAUGUCCCAUCAUCCCAUGCAUGUGCCACCAUCCCAUGCAUGUGCCACCAUCCCAUGCAUGUGCCACCAUCCCAUGCAUGUGCCACCAUCCCAUGCAUGUGCCACCAUCCCAUGCAUGUGCCACCAUCCCAUGCAUGUGCCACCAUCCCAUGCAUGUGCCACCAUCCCAUGCAUGUGCCACCAUCCCAUGCAUGUGCCACCAUCCCAUGCAUGCCCCAUCAUCCCAUGCAUGUGCCACCAUCCCAUGCAUGUGCCACCAUCCCAUGCAUGUGCCACCAUCCCAUGCAUGUGCCACCAUCCCAUGCAUGUGCCACCAUCCCAUGCAUGUGCCACCAUCCCAUGCAUGUGCCACCAUCCCAUGCAUGUGCCACCAUCCCAUGCAUGUGCCACCAUCCCAUGCAUGUGCCACCAUCCCAUGCAUGUGCCACCAUCCCAUGCAUGUGCCACCAUCCCAUGCAUGUGCCACCAUCCCAUGCAUGUGCCACCAUCCCAUGCAUGUGCCACCAUCCCAUGCAUGUGCCACCAUCCCAUGCAUGUCCCACCAUCCCAUGCAUGUGCCACCAUCCCAUGCAUGUGCCACCAUCCCAUGCAUGUGCCACCAUCCCAUGCAUGUGCCACCAUCCCAUGCAUGUGCCACCAUCCCAUGCAUGUGCCACCAUCCCAUGCAUGUGCCACCAUCCCAUGCAUGUCCCACCAUCCCAUGCAUGUGCCACCAUCCCAUGCAUGUGCCACCAUCCCAUGCAUGUGCCACCAUCCCAUGCAUGUGCCACCAUCCCAUGCAUGUGCCACCAUCCCAUGCAUGUGCCACCAUCCCAUGCAUGUGCCACCAUCCCAUGCAUGUGCCACCAUCCCAUGCAUGUGCCACCAUCCCAUGCAUGUGCCACCAUCCCAUGCAUGUGCCACCAUCCCAUGCAUGUGCCACCAUCCCAUGCAUGUGCCACCAUCCCAUGCAUGUGCCACCAUCCCAUGCAUGUGCCACCAUCCCAUGCAUGUGCCACCAUCCCAUGCAUGUGCCACCAUCCCAUGCAUGUGCCACCAUCCCAUGCAUGUGCCACCAUCCCAUGCAUGUGCCACCAUCCCAUGCAUGUGCCACCAUCCCAUGCAUGUGCCACCAUCCCAUGCAUGUGCCACCAUCCCAUGCAUGUGCCACCAUCCCAUGCAUGUGCCACCAUCCCAUGCAUGUGCCACCAUCCCAUGCAUGUGCCACCAUCCCAUGCAUGUGCCACCAUCCCAUGCAUGUGCCACCAUCCCAUGCAUGUGCCACCAUCCCAUGCAUGUGCCACCAUCCCAUGCAUGUGCCACCAUCCCAUGCAUGUGCCACCAUCCCAUGCAUGUGCCACCAUCCCAUGCAUGUGCCACCAUCCCAUGCAUGUGCCACCAUCCCAUGCAUGUGCCACCAUCCCAUGCAUGUGCCACCAUCCCAUGCAUGUGCCACCAUCCCAUGCAUGUGCCACCAUCCCAUGCAUGUGCCACCAUCCCAUGCAUGUGCCACCAUCCCAUGCAUGUGCCACCAUCCCAUGCAUGUGCCACCAUCCCAUGCAUGUGCCACCAUCCCAUGCAUGUGCCACCAUCCCAUGCAUGUGCCACCAUCCCAUGCAUGUGCCACCAUCCCAUGCAUGUGCCACCAUCCCAUGCAUGUGCCACCAUCCCAUGCAUGUGCCACCAUCCCAUGCAUGUGCCACCAUCCCAUGCAUGUGCCACCAUCCCAUGCAUGUGCCACCAUCCCAUGCAUGUGCCACCAUCCCAUGCAUGUGCCACCAUCCCAUGCAUGUGCCACCAUCCCAUGCAUGUGCCACCAUCCCAUGCAUGUGCCACCAUCCCAUGCAUGUGCCACCAUCCCAUGCUGUGCCUCCAUCUUUACAACCCAUGUGACCCAUACCAGCCAUCCAUCAGCAAGGAGACUAAGAAGGCGUGGGACGCCAUCAGGUUGACGGAUGCGCACUGGGACGACCUCGCCGAGCUCCGAGGCUUCCUCACCCCAUUCGAGCAAGUCACCCUCUUCGCCGAGGGUUCCCUGUACCCUACCCUCUCAGCCGUAGUACCGCAGUACAACGCGCUGAUUGAUCUGCAGGAGAAGGCACAGCUCACUCCUGGCAUCUCCCCUCUGCGCUCAUCGCUGAUCACUGCUGCUCUGAGCAAGCUGGAGCGACACAUGGGGGGUGUGAGCGAGGAGGCAGCGAUAGCCACUUUCUUGGACCCGAGCCAGAAGCUCGCACCCUUCAAGCACCGAGCCAGGGCAGCAGAGGGGAAUUCGAGAGGGGCAACACUGGAGCUAGGCCCUGAUAGGGUGAAGGCCCUGGUACGGGCGCGCCUUCCAGAGUACCAGGCAGCCAGCACCACGGCGCUGGGAGAUGGUGGGGAGGUGACUAGUGCGAGGGGUGCAGGGGUGCAUGCGUCGGCAGGGGGUGGGGCUGUGGAUGCAUCGGCAAAUGUCAGCCUCCAGCCUCAGUUGUUCGCUGCGUGGGACGCCAUGGAGGCCGAAGAGGGGGAGGAUCCACAGGAUGAGGUGGAUCAGUACCUCGCAGAGGGGAGGCAGAGGGGUGGAAGCGCAUUGGAGUAUUGGCGCAGCAGGGAGACACUGAAGGGCUUGAGGGCGAUGGCUAAAGAUUAUCUGGGGGUACCGGCUUCGUCAGCAGCGAGUGAGCGCGCAUUCUCACAGAGCAGGAACAUCAUUACUUGGCAGCGACACCGACUGGCAGCUGGCCAAGUGCGUGCUUCCAUGCUGAUUAAGACGUGGCAGGACCACCACCCUUCGGGGACUCUCGCUCCCAGGGGCACCUCAACGGCCAAUCCCACCCUGGGAGUGGAGGAUGAAUCGAGGGGGUUGUGA